GGAGCUCGCAAGUACGAGAUUCAGUAUUCUCUGCCUCACUUUAAAAUUUUUUUACACGGUGAAAUUUUUAUCCUUAAAAAAUGCAGACUGAAAAUAUAAAUAAUUAUAAUUGCUACGACAAUUUGUCUUUCGAGCACGGAAAUUUAGGACUUGGGCCACCUCCAAUAUUAAACCCAACCAACUUUUGUGAAGUGAAUUUAAAAAAUGAUAAUAAACCAGAAGUAAAUAAGGAUGAAGCUACUUGGAACAACAGCAUUGAAUUUUUAAUGUCAUGUGUCGCUUUAUCUGUUGGUUUUGGAAAUAUUUGGCGAUUUCCGUUCACUGCCUAUGAAAAUGGAGGAGGAGCAUUUUUAAUUCCAUAUGUUAUUUUAUUGGUUCUUGUGGGAAAACCGUUUUAUUACCUUGAGAUGAUUAUUGGUCAAUUUUCUGGAAAAUCGUCUAUAAAAGUGUGGAGCAUUUCAUCCGGAUUUUCAGGUGUUGGAUGGGCUCAAUUGUGUUCGACAGUAGCAUUAGCCACUUAUUAUUCUUCGCUUAUGGCACUAACUCUUUUUUACUUAAUCGUCUCAUUUUCAUCGGAAUUACCAUGGGCAAAAUGCAAACAUGAAUGGGGCGAUCACUGCGUUGAUUCUGGAUCCAAAAAGGAUAACUUCAACAAUGAGAGUAAUGAAUUUUUCGAAGUAGAAGGCAAAAGAAGUUCCGCUGAGUUGUACUUUACGGAAGUUGUUUUGAAAGAAAAAGAAUCAAUUGACGAUGGAAUUGGUUACCCAAAUUGGAAAUUGGCACUCUGUCUUCUUGGAAGUUGGAUGAGUGUUUGCCUCGUUCUUUCAAACGGAAUGAAAAGCUCAGGAAAAGCCUCUUAUUUUCUUGCAAUUUUUCCAUAUGUGAUUCUUAUAGCUUUACUUUUGAGGGCUGUAACCUUGAAAAAUGCUUUAAAAGGAAUUAUAUUUUUUAUAAAACCUGAUUGGUCUAAACUUUUGGAACCAAGUGUUUGGUAUGCUGCAGUCACCCAGUGUUUUUUUUCUCUUUCGGUUUGCUUCGGUGCCAUAAUCACAUAUUCUGCACAUAAUGAAUUCAGACACAAUAUCUACAGAGACGUUAUGAUUAUAACUACUUUGGAUACGAUAACGAGUCUGAUUGCUGGCUGCACGAUUUUUGGAAUUUUAGGAAAUCUUGCUUAUGAAAUGGGAACUGAUGAUAUUAAAUCAGUAGUUCGUGCUGGAACAGGAUUGGCAUUUGUCUCCUACCCUGAUGCAAUUGCAAAGUUUUCAUUUGUACCUCAGUUAUUUUCUGUUCUCUUCUUUGUAAUGAUGUUCGUUUUGGGAAUUGGAAGCUGUGUCGGAAUGACAGCGAGUAUCAUUAAUGGAAUGAGAGAACAGUUUCCACAGUUAAAACACUGGCAAAUUCUUUAUCCAUUCUGCCUUUUUGGAUUUUUGAUGGGCCUAGUCUACGUAACACCUGGUGGACAGUUCAUAUUGAAUUUAGUAGACCACUAUGGAACUUCGUUUGUUGUUUUCAUUUUAGCAACUUUUGAAGUCAUCGGUGUUGUUUGGGUAUAUGGAUUGGAGAAUUUCUUAGAUGAUAUUGAAUUUAUGUUACAAAAACAGCCCAGCAUUUAUUGGAGAUUAUGUUGGUUCCUAAUAACUCCAAUGAUGCUUAUAAUUAUAUUUUUAUACACAGUAGUAAUGAUGAAAGCUCUAACUUAUGGAAGUAUUCCAUAUCCCACAUCAGCUCAUAUAGCAGGAUCUAUGUUGCUAGCUUUUGGUGUUUUGCAAAUACCAUUUUGGAUGUUAAUAGCAUUAAUUAAAAAUAGAAAUCAGUCCAUCUCAAAGAUGAUACAUAGUGCUUUUGCUCCAUCUCCGGAAUGGGGUCCACGAACUGAAAGAGAUCGCCAAAAGUGGUUAAUUUUCAAGGAAGAAAAGUCAAAAAUUAGAAAAUUAAGGGGUGAAUCUCGAAUCGUUCAAAUCCUGAAAGUUCUUUUCAAGAUUAAAUCGAAAUAAACAAAAAUGCGUUUGGUUUCUUUAAAUAAUUUGUAAAUAUUCAACAUAUAUUUUUUAGUAAAAUUUCAUAUUUUUCUCAGGAAUUAUAAUGAAUCUAGUUUUCAAAUCUUCCUAGUUAUUAUCAACAUUUACACACCAAAAAAGGAUUAUAUUGUAUAAUUGAAGCGGGGAAAGCUAAAUGAUGCUAAAAUCCCUUUUUGCCAAAAUUGAGUUUUCUCCAGAAAUCAUUCUUUUUUGCUGUUUUACAUCUAUUUCAGUUUAAAAAAUUAGGGUUUUGCAAUUUUUUACUAUAAAAUUUAGUAUUUAAAUGUACUCAAAUCUUUAAAAAUUGCAAAUAAUUCAAACUUAAUGAAUAAAGUAUACUAAAUAGUCGCCAUAUAUUUUUUGACACAAUGUUUAUCAAACUGAAUUAGUUACUUUCACAAAAAGAAAAAUUACUUAAGUCAGUUGUAUACGGAAGAAAUGGGCAGUUCAAACAGAGAUUUACUGAAAAAAGUAAAUAAAAAAAAAUAUAUCUAUAUAUUUAAAUAAGUAAUUUUUGUUUUCAAACAUUGAUUGUAACCUUGAUUGAAGGAUUUUCAGAUCUUUGAACUAGCUAUGUGACGUGAUGAGUGAAAUCAGUUUUAAUCCAAGUUUUAAAAAAUUACAAAAGUUUAAAGAAUAGUUCUGCUAUUAAUUCCGCUUAUUUUCGUUUCAAGUAGGCCCUUAUAGUCGAUUUGAUUGUACGGUAAACUUUUCAAUCAAUUUAAAAUAUCAAACCUCCGUCAAAAUUAAUCCUAUUUCAUUAGCGCCAUAUUUAGAGUUCCAACAUUCUUAAUUCAGCUAUAUAAUAUCUUAGUUUUAAAGAUUUAAUAAGGUUAUGCAUUAAUAACAAUACUUAAAAUAAAUUCUUCUGAAAAUAACUGCUAUCAUAAUUUUAUCCAUAUUAACAAUAUUUGUAGCUGGAUCAAGUAUAAAUUUACAUCGCCGAUUUAACUAUAUAUUUUUUCCGUGCAAACUGUUCCUCUUGAAAUAUUUUUUGCUUCUCCUGUAAAAUUAGGUUCAUUGGUCUUAGUACCGUUUAGCUUUCCUCGCUUCAAUUUCUGGCAACGUGAGCUCCUUAUUAUUAUUUGUACACUGUCAUCACAGAAAAAAACAGAAGAUAAACUUUACAUCGAUUUCCGACGAAAGAUUCUCUGCAACAAAAAUUAAAUUCACAGGA